CAAGCUCUUCGUCCUUUCUAGCUGAAAGCCCUAACCCCUGUUAGAAGCAGAGCUUCAGAUGCUCACUUCGUCACUUCUCUUCAUCCUUUAGCCGCUUCCCGUUAGCUCUCAUAGUUUUGGAGUUUUUGGUCUUCAAUGGCACUCUACAUACUUUAUGAAUCGGCUUCUGGCUUCGCUCUGUUCCAUGCUCAUGGCCUUGAUGAAAUAGGGCAGAACACCGAAGCUGUCCGGAACUCUGUCUCGGACUUGAAUCGCUUCGGGAAGGUGGUUCAGCUUACGGCUUUUCUUCCUUUUGAGUCUGCAUUUGAUGCCCUCAAACAGUGUAACGCGGUCUCUGAAGGCUUAUUGACUGAUGAGCUGAGGAGCUUUCUUGAGCUCAAUCUUCCCAAAGUCAAGGAAGGUAAGAAGGCGAAGUUCAGCUUAGGAGUAGCAGAUCCUAAGAUUGGUUCACAGAUUGCCGAACUAAGUAAAAUUCCUUGCCAAAGUAAUGAGUUCGUGGGUGAGCUGCUCCGUGGUGUGCGACUUCAUUUUGAUAGGUUUAUGAAGGAUCUCAAGCCUGGAGAUUUGGAAAAAGCACAACUUGGUCUGGGGCACAGUUAUAGCAGGGCAAAGGUGAAAUUUAAUGUAAAUCGAGUUGAUAACAUGGUCAUCCAGGCAAUUUUCCUUCUUGAUACACUUGAUAAGGAUAUUAAUUCCUUCGCAAUGAGAGUCAGAGAAUGGUACUCAUGGCAUUUUCCCGAGCUUGCGAAGAUUAUAAAUGACAACUAUCUGUAUGCCAAGGUGGCUAAAUUUAUUGAGGAUAAAUCGAAGCUGGCAGAAGACAAAAUCCCAGGCUUGACAGACAUAGUCGGAGAUGAGGAUAAGGCAAAGGAGAUAGUUGAAGCUGCCAAGGCAUCUAUGGGCCAGGAUUUGUCCCCAGUGGACUUGAUUAAUGUCCAGCAAUUUGCACAGAGGGUAAUGGAUCUCUCUGAGUAUAGAAGGAAGCUUUAUGAUUAUCUGGUUGCUAAGAUGAACGACAUAGCACCAAAUUUGGCCUCUUUGAUUGGUGAAGUUGUUGGUGCUCGUUUGAUUUCCCAUGCUGGUAGUCUCACCAAUCUGGCUAAGUGCCCCUCUUCCACUCUCCAAAUUCUUGGUGCAGAGAAGGCCUUAUUCAGGGCAUUGAAAACCAGAGGGAACACUCCUAAAUAUGGCCUGAUAUUCCAUUCAUCUUUUAUUGGUCGAGCAUCUGCUAGGAAUAAGGGGCGAAUGGCUCGCUAUCUUGCAAACAAGUGUUCGAUUGCGUCACGCAUUGACUGCUUUUCUGAGAGUGGCACUUCUGCUUUUGGGGAGAAACUUCGUGAACAAGUUGAAGAGCGACUUGACUUUUAUGACAAGGGAGUUGCCCCGCGUAAGAACAUAGACGUCAUGAAGUCUGCUAUUGAAAGUGCUCAAAACAAAGACACACAGAUGGAAACAGAAGUGCCUGUUGAAGUAUCAAGCAAGAAAAACAAGAAGAAGUCAAAAGUUUCUGCAGAUGAAGGUGAAGACAUGUAUGUGGAUAAGCCCACAGAAAUUACAAAUGGCAGUGCAUUGGAGGAUCAUAAAUCAGCAAAGAAGAAAAAGAAAGAAAAGAAGAAAUUGGGUCAGGAGAUGGAGCUGCUGGAUGAGGAAGGUGGAGACAUGGCUGUGGAUAAGCCCAUGGCAACCACAAAUGGAGGUGCAGCGGAGGAUCACAAGUCAGAAAAGAAGAAGAAAAAGAAAGAGAAGAGGAAAUUGGACCAGGAUGCGGAUGGUGCUGAUGGGGUUGAUAACGAGCAGCAUGAAACAAUUAAAAAGAAAAAGAAGGAUAAAAGAGAUGACGUGGAAGUAUUUGAGAAUGACAAGGAAACUAAGAAGAAAAAGAAGAAAUCAAAAGGUGCGGAUGCUGAGCAGCCAGUAAACUAGCUGUGAAAAUAGAUGUCUUGUUGCGUAUGAUGGUAAAUUCAUUAGUUUUGAAUCUGGAUGCUGGAACUUGCCCUAUGUUGGCCUUGUUCUUCUUCGCUUAAGAUUUGGCCCCGAGUCUGUCACCGUUUUAAUAUACCGUGCUCUAAGCCAUUCUAUAA